AUGGUCCAGAUCUCCUUCCCUUCUGUGCACAGGGAAGUAGCACUUCUCCACGUCCUCAAAGGUGGGGUGUGGCUCUGGGACCAGCUUUGGUCUGUGAAACGUGGACAGAAGUGCCAGGGAAGCAUCGAGAGCCUUCAGACAAUUCACCGCAUUCCUCUCCCCUGUGUUGGUGAAACGCUCGUCAAAGUGCAGCCUUUGUCACCCCAGGUCCUUGAGCGACUAUGGGACAGCGUCACUCUGCUGACCAGUAUGGACACUCAGACAAAGGGAAUUUUUGUUCUGCUUGUUGAUGCCAGAUUCAUGUCUCGAAUCCAGGUCUCUCUGACCCAGCAGUUCAUGAUGUUUUCAUUCAUGAGCUCUCCUUUGGUACCCGCCCAGCCCAUUUACCACCGGGAGAUCGGAUUGGUGACGCAGCUCUGUCCGCAGCCGAGACUCCGUGUCCUAGGAUGCAGGGCAGCCCAUCUGAGGGAGACCCAGGGAGGCACAGGACGCCCUCUUACCCAAACUGCGGUCCCCAAGACGGGCCUUCCACCUACCGGAGAACGAGAAAAAGAAGAGAAGGCAGUAAAAGAAUCUGGAAAAAGCCAGAUGAAGGUAUCUAAGAAAACACAGAGUCACAGGAGCCAAGGAAGGAGAGCAGUUCUAAGAGAGCAGGAGGCCAAAGAUGCCCCAUUAUACACCACAACCCCAGACGCCCCAUUAUCCACCACGCCCCCAGACACCCCAUUAUCCAUCACGCCCCCAGAUGCCACAUUUUACACCAGGCCCCCAGACGCCGCAUUAUCCACCACGCCCCCAGACACCCCAUUAUACACCACGCCCCCUGACGCCCCAUUAUGCACCACACCCCCAGACGCUCAAUUAUCCACCGCGCCCCCUGACGCCCCAAUAUGCACCACCCCCCCCAGAUGCCCCAAUAUGCACCACGCCCCCAGAGGUCCAUUAUACACCACGCCACCAGACGCCCCAAUAUGCACCACGCCCCCAGACGCCCCAAUAUGUACCACGCCCCCAGACGCCCCAUUAUACACCAUGCCCCCUGACGCCCCAUUAUGCACCAUGCCCCCAGAGGCCCAUUAUGAACCUCGUCCCCAGACGCCCCAUUAUGCACCACGCCCCCUGACGCCCCAUUAUACACCACGCCCCCAGAGGCCCAUUAUACACCACACCCCCAGAUGCCCAAUUAUGCACCACGCCCCCAACUCCCCAUUAUACACCACGCCCCCAGACGUUCCAUUAUGCAUCUCACCCCCAGACGCCCCAUUAUGCACCACGCCCCCUGACGCCCCAUUAUACACCACGCCCCCAGAGGCCCAUUAUACACCACGCCCCCAGAUGCCCCAUUAUACACCACACCCCCAGAGGCCCCGUUUUACACCAUGCCCCCAGACGCCCCAUUAUCCAACACGCCCCCAGACGCCCCAUUAUGCACCACGCCCCCAGAUGCCCCAUUUUACACCACGCCCCCAGACGCCCCAUUUUUACACCAGGCCCCCAGACGCAUCAUUAUGCACCACGCCCCCUGACGCUCCAUUAUACACCACGCCCCCAGACGCCCCAUUAUAUACCACGCCCCCAGAGGCCCCAUUAUCCACCACACCCCCAGACGCCCCACUAUCCACCACGCCCCCAGACGCCCCAUUAUCCACCACGCCCCCAGAUGCCCCAUUUUACACCAGGCCCCCAGACGCCCCAUUAUGCACCACGCCCCCUGACGCUCCAUUAUACACCAUGCCCCCAGAGGCCCCGUUUAUACACCACGCCCCCAGACACCCCGCUUUUCACCACGCCCCCUGA